GUUGUAUUUACCUGUUAGCUACUUUUUAAAAGUGACUUUUGAAAGUAGGAAUUGGGUCAAUAAUUAUUCCUUAAGUACUUAAAUUCGGUCACACGACUUAUCAAUUAUGAAGGGAUGUUCUGAACCAAUGACAGCUUGUCAUACUUCAGAGUAACCAGUCUCAUUCUGCAUAGACGAUCUUUGGUUCCGUGUACGCACCAGUAGAAAGGCGCCUGCUGACUGGGGAAGUACGGGACGUUUUUGUGCGAGGGCGGACUGUUAUGGACAAGACGGCCGUGGUGAAGGUCGGAGCCGCAGCCAGCGCCGGUGUCUGUGUCGUGUUCGGCGGCGUGGCGCUGGCCCAGUACCUCGUAGCGAAGAAGAAACGCGCAGGGAAGAAAACGAAGAUCAUAGAGAUGAUGCCUCAGUUUGAGAAACCGACGGUGCACAUGAGAGACCCUGAGAGGGUGGAGCAGAUCAUCUGUGGCCUCAUCAAGGGAGGAGCUUCCAAACUGCAGAUCAUCACAGACUUCGACAUGACAAUAAGCAAAUUUACUGUCAAUGGAAAACGCUGUCCGACAUGUCACAAUAUUAUCGAUAACUGCAAACUAGUGACGGAGGAAUGCAGGCAGAAGCUGCUGCAGCUGAAGAAUAAAUAUUAUCCUAUUGAGAUUGACCCUCACCUGACUAUAGAGGAGAAAUAUCCUUUCAUGGUGGAGUGGUAUUUUAAGUCCCACUCGCUGCUUGUAGAGCAGCGGUUAGAGAAAGACAAACUGCCAGAGGUGGUGAGGGAGUCUGAUGUCGCCCUCAGAGACGGUUAUGAGCAGUUCUUUGAUCGCCUGCAUCAGCACAACGUGCCUGUCUUCAUUUUCUCGGCUGGUCUGGGAGAUGUGCUGGAGGAAGUUAUCCGUCAGGCGGGAGUCUACCACCCCAACAUCAAGGUUGUCUCCAACUUCAUGGACUUUGAUGACAAUGGAGUACUGAGGGGAUUCAAAGGUGAACUGAUCCAUGUGUACAACAAACACGACGGUGCUCUGCGGAGCACAGACUACUUCAAACAGCUGAGGGAUUUCAGCAACAUCAUCCUGCUGGGAGACUCCAUUGGAGACCUCACCAUGGCCGACGGUGUUCCCAAUGUGGAGAACGUGCUCAAGAUCGGCUUUCUCAAUGACAAGGUGGAAGAGCGCCUUGAUAAAUACAUGGACUCUUAUGACAUUGUCCUUGUGAAGGACGAGACACUUGAAGUGCCCAAUGCCAUCCUCCAGAAGGUUUUAUAAAUCCCUUCUGUCGUUCUCCUCUGCAUCGACACCCCCACCCCACCACCACCACCACCACCAUGUCAUCAUCUCCCCUGCAGCCUCCGGCCGGUCAGACUCCUGAACACUGUGUAACUCCUCUAAUCUCUUCACAUACAACCAGCAUUUGGUUGUCCAACCGCAUUUAAAAAAAAUACAUUUUACGUCUCCUGAACAAACUGUUUAUAACAGUCUUUAUGGCUGCAGCAGUUUGUCCCUGGAUCCUUUUGAAAUCAUUUCUCAUGUUUUCUCCAACAGGUCGUUUUCUGAUUAAAAGAGAUGUGAGGAAAAACAAUACACACUGUCACUCCGUCCUCAUGGCUUGCACAUUAUAGUUGUUAUUUCUGGGAGUAUUUUUGAUAUUGUAAAAUGUGUAAAUGAUAAACCAGGCUACAGUUUGAUUUCGUUCACGUCUGCCAAAGUUAGUAAAUCAAAAGUAUAGGAAACAAUCCGGUAUCUAAUGGACCUUGGAACGUAUUUUCUCAAAAGCAAAUUGAUUGUCUUGCUCUGUGGGAGCAGCAACAUAAUGACAACGAACAGUAUUAAUAAAGGAUAAAGAAGAAUUUAGAUCAUAAAAAUAAAAUCACAAGAUCAUGUCAAAAACAAGGAAAUACACUUUCAAUUCUUUACACAGAAAAAUUAGAUGUGGCUAUAGGUUUGAUCUGGUGAAGUUGGAAACAUAUUCAUGCACAAAAAAGGCUAUGUUUACAUAUUUAUUUAAUUCUAAUGUGCUAAUUUGAUAUUAUUUUAAUCCACAGAGGAGGAAGAAAAUGAAACUUUUUAUUCUACAAAUGAAAUAUCCAUGAUGUUAUCUGCAUAGCUCAUUUACCCAAACAUUCUGCAUGCCAGUGUUGAAGGUUAGAGAAACUGUUUAGACCUGAAGCUGACCUCUAGUGGUUGUUAUAUUGAAUUACAAUAGUAAAAACAUGCUGAAUGCCUUGUUAUUAAUAAAUAUUCUCAUUCAUUAUGUCUGAACUGUUUCACUGUUUCAGGAAUAAAAGGUGUAAACAUAAUGUUCCUUGCUCUGUAAAACCCAGUAUAAGACCUGCUAAAGUGUUUUUAUCACCUUUUCUUUUAAUUCAGUGGUUAAAGUUGAGCACUACCUCUGAAAUAUAGUUUUUUAGGAGUUUCAAAGCUAAAUGAUCUCGGUUGUUUCAGCAUGUGGUUUCCCUUUAAUUUGUUGGUUUUAAAUGUGGUGCUAUCACCUGCAUGUUGCCUUUUCUUAGUGUUUAUUUCGGAGAAAUGGGAGAGUAUAAAACAAUAUUUAUCAUUUAAAUGGUGAAUACUAUCAUACUGUAUAUGUGGAAGAUAUAUGGAAAUGUAUAUUGUUUUAUUGCUUUUGAGAUAUUUUCUGAGGUGGUAUGUUUUAUUUUUAUAAGCUGAUGGCUUUCUUUGAUGCUGUGAAUAAAACAUGCAAUACA